GCCCAGUCGGACACACCCGUUUCUUCCCCAGAGGUCUGGGGUCUGAGUCUAAACUGGCAGAGAUGGACCGGCCAAAACCCAGGGUCCCCGCAGUGGGGCCCUGCUGCCCCUCCCGAGGAAUGCGGGCCUCGGAGGCCGGCAGCGCGAGGUUCUCUGUGCCACCCUGCAUCAGCAGGAACUCGGCCAUGGUGAACGAACCCAGAGGGAAUGGUGGCCCCAACCCCCGCUCGGAGGGCAGCAGCAGUGGCAGUGAGAGCUCCAAGGAGAGUUCGAGGUGUUCCACCCCGGGGCUGGACCCUGAGCGGCAUGAGAAACUCAAGGAGAAGAUGAAGCGGAGGAUGGAAUCUGGUGACAAGUGGUUCUCCCUGGAAUUCUUCCCUCCUCGAACUGCUCAGGGCGCAGUCAAUCUCAUCUCAAGGUUUGACCGGAUGGGGGCAGGUGGGCCCCUCUUCAUAGAUGUGACCUGGCACCCAGCAGGGGACCCUGGCUCAGAUAAGGAGACCUCCUCCAUGGUGAUCGCCAGCACCGCUGUGAACUACUGUGGCCUGGAGACCGUCCUGCACAUGACCUGCUGCCAUCAGAGCCGGGAGGAGAUCACGGGCCAUCUGCACAAGGCCAAGCGGCUGGGCCUGAAGAACAUCUUGGCACUGAGGGGAGACCCCAUAGGUGACCAGUGGGAAGAGGAGGAAGGAGGCUUCAACUAUGCCGCAGACUUGGUGAAGCACAUCCGAGGCGAGUUUGGUGACUACUUUGACGUCUGUGUGGCAGGUUAUCCCAAAGGCCACCCUGACGCAGAGAGCUUUGAAGCAGACCUGACGCACCUGAAGGAGAAGGUGGCUGCAGGGGCCGACUUCAUCAUCACCCAGCUGUUCUUUGAGGCUGACACAUUCUUCCGCUUCUUUAAAGCUUGCUCUGAGAUGGGCAUCGCCUGCCCCAUCCUCCCUGGAAUCUUCCCCAUUCAGGGCUACCACUCCCUCCGGCAGCUUGUGAAGCUGUCCAAGCUGGAGGUGCCACAGCAGAUCAAGGACGUGAUUGAGCCAAUCAAGGACAAUGACGCCGCCAUCCGCAACUAUGGCAUUGAGCAGGCCGUGAGCCUGUGCCGGGAGCUUCUGGAAAGUGGCCUGGUGCCAGGCCUGCACUUCUACACCCUCAACCGCGAGGUGGCCACCACGGAGGUUCUGAAGCGUCUGGGCAUGUGGAUCGAGGAUCCCAGACGUCCCCUGCCCUGGGCCAUCAGUGCCCACCCCAAGCGCCGGGAGGAAGACGUCCGUCCCAUCUUCUGGGCCUCCAGACCAAAGAGCUACAUUUACCGCACCCAGGAGUGGGAUGAAUUCCCCAACGGUCGCUGGGGCAAUUCCUCCUCUCCAGCCUUCGGGGAGCUGAAGGACUACUACCUCUUCUACCUGAAGAGCAAGUCCCCGAAGGAAGAGCUGCUGAAGAUGUGGGGGAAGGAGCUGACCAGUGAAGAAAGCGUCUUCGAAGUCUUUGUGCGCUACCUCUCGGGAGAGCCCAACCAGGACGGCUAUAAAGUAACUUGCCUGCCCUGGAAUGAUGAGCCCCUGGCAGCUGAGACCAGCCUGAUGAAGGAGGAGCUGCUGCGAGUGAACCGGCGGGGCAUCCUCACCAUAAACUCCCAGCCCAACAUCAACGGGAAGCCGUCCUCCGACCCCAUCGUGGGCUGGGGCCCCAGCGGGGGCUAUGUAUUCCAGAAGGCCUACUUAGAGUUCUUCACUUCCCGAGAGACGACGGAAGCACUUUUACAGGUGCUGAAAAAGUACGAGCUGCGGGUUAAUUACCACAUUGUGGACGUGAAGGGCGAAAACAUCACCAACGCCCCUGAGCUGCAGCCCAACGCCGUCACUUGGGGCAUCUUCCCUGGGCGAGAGAUCAUCCAGCCCACAGUGGUGGAUCCAGUCAGCUUCAUGUUCUGGAAGGACGAGGCCUUCGCGCUGUGGACCGAGCAGUGGGGCAAGCUGUAUGAGGAGGAGUCCCCAUCCCGCAUGAUCAUCCAGCACAUCCACGACAACUACUUCCUGGUCAACCUGGUGGACAAUGAGUUUCCGCUGGACAACUGCCUGUGGCAGGUGGUAGAAGACACAUUUGAGCUUCUCAACCGGGCCCCCCAGAACGAGAGGGAGACGGAGGCUCCAUGACCCUGUGCCCCAGCACCCUUAGCUUGAGGCCACCAUGUCCCACCUUCCUUCUCCCCAGUCCCGGUUCUCCUGGGGACCCCUGUUCUCCUUCAUUUCUCCCCAGCCCUGGCCUCCGCUCCCCAACGCGAUGGUGGCAGCUAGACUAGUGUGAGGCUCCUGGGCUCUGGCUGGACCUGAGUCAGCCCCACACAGGAGCCUGGGUUCCCUGCUCACUGACAGUCUGUGCUCCUGUGGGGAGCAGCCCUGUCCUGGGGAGGCACCACGGUGGGCGGGACACCAUCGUCCCCAAGAGGGGUUGCUGCCAAUGGAGCCCCUGGAGCCAACCUGGGACUGCCAGUGACCUUGCUCUUGGGCGUGUGGAGGACAAGCGAAGCAAACAUGGUAGCAGGCACUGUGGGACCGUGGAGGAGAUGUGGCAAGGUCAGGGUGCAGCACCCUUCCACCUCCAAGGGCUGGCAGCCGGGCUCUGCCUGCUCGGGGGCGAAGUGGGGGACCACUGCCCUGCCUACCGACUACCCCGCCACGGCACUGGCCCCAGGACGGACCUUAGACUGAAACCUAAUAAUAGUUCUUGCCUCCUUCUACCUGAGAGUUCAGCUAGGUUUCCCCUCUUUCUCCAGCGCUGUUGUUUGAGACAGUUAUCUGUUCCCGUGACUCAAGUGAGAAAGUGCCUUUUAAGGGUUAAAGAUGUCUAAACCCUUGUGAGUGGUGGAGCCCGUGGCCCUCCCCUUUCUCCCCUGGCCGUGGAGGGUGCGGGGGUGCCCUGCCUGUUAUCGAGGGCAAAGUUACGGUUUGGUGAGCAGGGCUCAUUUUUCAGGCAGGCCCUCCUCCUGCCAGCUGCUCUGUCCCCUCUGUGUGUCCUGCUCCCCAGGAAUCGGCCCUCAGUCAUUCUGCUGUGGCAGAUGCACACAGGCUGGUCCCUGUCCCAGCCCCUGCCUGGGGGUCUUUACUGACAAGUGGGGGGUGGGGACAGGGAGGCGGGCGGGGGGGCCACAGAGCAGCCUGAUGACAGAGGAAGCCGGUCGAAGGCACGUCCUCCUCACUUUAGCGGCUGGCUGAAGUGAGGGGCAGCCUUUAGGAAAGACUGAGAGGCAGCUGGGACUAAGGAGAGUGUUUUAUUGUCCUUCAGAGCGCAAGGACUGAUCGCCCUGUGGCCUGCGCCUGCGCUCUCCGAACUGGCGGGGCUCGGUUCCCUCCCCGGGAGGCGGGGCUCAGUUGCUUUUCUGGCCACGGGAACAGUCACAGCUGCAGCUGGGCCCCCUGCUCCGCCCCAAGUCCACCCCGUGCAGGGGCUCUGGCCGCUCCCCGCCUGCUCCCUGGCCUCCUGAUAUGCCCGCUUUGUUCAGGGGCCUCGGGCUGCUGGUGGCACCUCUCCACUGGCCCCUGGCUGCCAGACGCUGGUGCCACUUCUCAAAGGCCUGGAGUCAGGGAGGGGGAAGGAAAGGCUGUUUGGCUCCCUCCUGGGUCUGUGCUGUCAGUGCUGGGCUGACACCCUGGCCCAGUUCCUUUUAUCCCUGAGGGAAGAGAAGGCCCUUCCCUCUGCCCCAGGCCAAAUGCACGCUCAGAAUAGAUCUGACUUGUGGUCAGGGAAGGACGCUCUUUAGGGAGGGGAGCUCAGCGACCCACGUGGGACAGCAGCCCUGCCACCAGCCAAGCCUUGUUCCCAAACCAGUCACAGGGUGGGACUGGGCUGAGCACAUGGUCAACAGCUGAAUCAAGGGCUCCCGAAGCCAGGCUGUGUUUUCUCUAACUGAACUGACCCCUCCCUGAAAAUGAAGGGUUUCUGGGGUGGCAAGCAGGGAGGGCCAGCAGCUCAAACCGCCCAGGCGAGUGGUGGGGCCGCCCCCCCAGUACCUGGGAGAGGACCCAGCCAGCUUCCCGCUGCCGUAAUCGCCGAGCCACCUGCAGCUGUAGGACCCGUCGCCGCCACAUUCUCCACGCCCAUCUCAGGUGCCACUGCCUGAGCUACGGGGACAGUGGCGAGAAGGCCCCUCGCUGGGCCUACUGAUACCCCCGCAGCCCCCAGCCCCUCUGCAGCCUCCCCACCCGCAACCCUGUAGCACCAGCAGGCAGGGGAUGUGACAAGGGGGGUUUCAUCGGAGGUGUGUUAACAAUGCAGAUUCCUGGGCCUGUUGCCUAGGUUUCAGCCUUUGUCCGUCCAAAGAGCACACUGAGGCAGCGUUUCUAGGGGUCCGGGUUGGGAAUGGGAUGAGAUGGGCGGUCAGCCUGAGGCGGGAGGGGAGCCCGCUCACCAGUGUCCGUGCCAGCUGCUCUGCCCCCUGAGCAUCUACCCAGCGCUGCCACGUCACUGCCAGGCGCUGGGCCUGCUGAGAGCCCUGGAGCCGGCGGAGCAGUGCCUCCCGGUGCCAGCGUUGCAGGUAUUUCCUCCUGCAGGGAGAGGCCCUGGUGUGCAUCCUGACGGCCGAGGGUGUCAUGACACCCCCAUGGCCAGGAAGAAGGGCAGAGCCACAGGCCUAGGCCUGCUCCCCUGGAAUCCUGUGGACAAGCACUGGCCAGAGAGAGCCCAGGUCUGGCCUUGGGUCAGGCAAAGCCCCUUGGCCUGGCCCCACCACCACCUCCACCCCUCCUCUUCCACACAUAGGUGCACACUCUGCUUCUACCCCAGCCGCCUUUGCUCGGCCUCUCCUUCGCCCUUGAAGUCUCUGGUCUCAGAGCUGCAGUCCCCUCCUGGCCCUUCAGGGCGCCUGCCCUGGACCCCGUGGGUGCAUCUGGGCCACUGCAGCUGGAGCUGGGAGUCGGGGCAGAGUGGGGGCUCUCUGUUUCCUGGAAAGAGGAGUUGAGUCAGAAGAAGUUAACAUCACUCGGGGAAGCAAACCCCUGGUGCUCCUGGAGGUUGAGCACUAGGAAGAGGGUGAGCAAGAAAAGGUGUCAAGUGAGUUAAGUCUGUGUCCUCGUUUCCCCCACAUCUGCCCAAGAGAGUGGGUGGGGCAGGAGAACUCGUCAUUGUUUUCUCAAAAUUGUGAAACAUCCCAGAAGAGGAGAUGGUGGGGAAAAUACAGAGUAAAUACAUAAGACAGGUAUGCCAAGAGCUUGAAGCUGAUUGCCAGGCCCUUGAGGGCCGUGACUGCCUCAUCCCCUCACUUCGGAGUGUGUAUCCCCAGAGGGAGCAUCUCCUUACCCUGAGCCCAGGAUGUUUCUCUCCGCUUCCUCUGUCCACUGGGGCUCUGGUGCUGGGUUGGGCCAGGCAGCCUGGGCUUUGUGGCUAGUGGCCUGCAGCUGCGGGUCUGAGAGAACAGCCAGAGACGAGAAGUUGACCCCAAUGGGCUUGGACCUCCAGAGUCCCAAGUGACCUGGCAGGAUUCCUUUCCUGCCCUGCCCCAGCCAGUAACGGGGCCUCUAUUUGUGUGUGCACAAGUGGGACAGUUUGAAUUGCUGCACGUUCUCCCAUGAGCCCUGAGGCUCCCAGAGGAGACAGAGAGGGUGCCCAAGAGUAAUGUGGCCAUCAGUACAUGUCACUGCCUCAUCCCCAUCCUCUCACGUGGCUGGAGACUCAGGGAGAUGAAUGGACAAUGAUGGCUACUGCUCAGUGAGGUCUACCUGUGCCAGGUACAGCCUGUGAUGUAGGCAUUACUCUCCCCACUCAAGCUUUACAAAGUCAAGUCACCUGUCUGAGGCCCCACCCCUCCUGAGUGGUCUGACACCAGAGCCCGAGCCCCCGGUGACUACUCCGGGCAGACCAGAGACUCUCUAAGGGAGUCUGUGCCAGCAUGAGAUGUAAAACCUGCUCCCCUUGUUAGCUGAGGGCUGCCCCGGUGCGUGUGUUCGCGUGGUAGAAAGAGGGGGGCUGGGAUUCAGCCCCCGAGCUCCCAUUCCUGGCAUGUACUUUCGGUUUGUACAAGCCUCCGUUUCUCCACCAGUAUUGGGGUCCCUGCCUGCCUUUGCUGACUGACAUGGAGUGAAAGUGUUUAUAAACAUACUCUGAGGGAAAAAAACUGUCUUGAAACACAGAUCUAGAAAUAAAAUGCCCUGAGACCCC